AUGGAUCGAUCCGCAGAAAAGCCUGUGUUGUUUUUGUAUAACUCCUUCCCGACCUCUUCCAAGUUACUUCUAACGGGUUUAGCGACAUUGACAACUGUCUAUACUCGCGCACCAGAUGACAAAGUCCUUGAGCACAUGGGCAAGAACAUCGACGACUACUUCAAGAAGCAUCUAGGCCUCUCCCCAGACGACGCAGAGCGCCUUCACAAGGAUUACUCACAGCAAUACGGCCAGGCAAUCGAAGGGCUUGUACGCCACCACCAAAUUGACGCGUUGGAAUACAACGCCAAGGUCGAUGACGCGGUCCCAUUGGACGACCUCAUCAAGCCCAACGCCCAAUUACGACAAUUCCUCGAGGAUAUCGAUACGUCGAAAGUCAGACUUUGGCUACUAACUAAUGCUUAUGUGAACCAUGGGAAACGGGUUGUGUGGCUGUUGGGCGUGGAUGAUUUGUUUGAGGGGUUGACGUAUUGUGAUUAUUCUCAGGUACCAUUUGUGUGUAAGCCGCAUAAGGAGAUGUUUAUGAAAGCUAUGAGAGAAGCUGGAGUCUCUGAUGUUUCGAGAUGUUAUUUUAUCGAUGACUCGCAUAAGAAUUGUGUCGGAGCAAAGGACGCUGGCUGGACUGCUAUUCACUUUGUGGAAGAGGGACUUCCUGUACCUGAUACACCGGCUUCUCAGCAUCAGAUUCGCCAUCUUGAAGAGCUGAGAUCACUUUAUCCCAACAACGUCGUUCCAGUGGAUCCUAAUGCACGCUACGAUGGUCGACAGACGGACGACGACGGCUUUCCCAUUGAACAUGCUGAGAUCUCCACCAUCAAUUCCUUCCGCCCCAAUCCCCCUCCAGAGUGGUGCUGGGGCUUCUUGUUCCACGAUGCUUGCUGGAGGCUGUUGAACUCUGAAGAACGAGUUAAUCUUCGUGAUCUCUUUCGACUCCUUGUCUCAACACCUAUCGGUCCUGACAUGCUUCCUAACUUUGGGCACGACUAUGGUAACAUUGCGUCAAUGAACUAUGAGGGGGGCAUCGAGGUAUUGGUAUCUGAUUUUAAAAGUCCAAACUAUGCGUCAGAUAUGCUCAGGGCGAAUCCUUUUGAGAUCCCCGCCCUCAGGAAGUCCAUUAACUUCGCUUCCCGCAUGCAGCAGGAUGCGUUUCAGUCCAUCCUCGACCGAUCGACCCUCAGCGCAGACAAGGAUGUUUUCAAUCACUUCCCUCCAGAGAUCCUUGAGAAGAUUGUGAUGGUUCUUCCAUCUCCUGACGUUCACUCUCUCCGCCUUGCAUCUCGUGUAUUCGCAACCCUCAGCCUGUCCGAACGCUUCUGGGCUUCACAAUUUACAGAGGGGCACGAGUUUAACUACCUACCUGAAGUCUUCGCUACCCCCCCAACAUCAUGGAGAGCUCUCUAUCUCUCACUUCACAUCUGGGCGUCUGAAAACAGCGGAAUGGGCAGCCGCAGCCGUGUCUGGCCAUCCGUCAAAGACCUCCACGAAACACUUCGCCAGAUGAAAGACGUGGACUGCCUUGGGAACGUCAUCAACACGGUUUCUGAGCCCGAGGCACCAAAGCCCAUGCCGGAACCUGGGCUAUUCAUCUCUGGGCUCAUGUUUGUUGGCGCUGAUGGCGUGUUUGAGUCUCUGGGAUACACUCACAAGUCCCAAAUGCAACACUUGACACUUCCCGAAGAUCAACAUGUCAAAGGUUUCGAAGUGGCCCUCGACUUUUGUGGCGUUCGAGCAAUCGCGGCCAUUACUCAGGAUGGCACCACGUCCUCGUGGGCUGGAGAUCCGGCAAACUACCCCAGGAGACGUCUCUACGAUGUCGAGGGCAUUUCCCUCAUCGUUGCCCAAUUCGACGCGCUUAAACUGGUGUCGUUAAGCCGGGAUCGUAUAACAAAGAAACUGCAAGAACCGAGGGACAGAUUGCUCUGGUAUCCCGAAAUCCCACCCCCUGAAAUAUUCUUUGACGGACUACGACCCCUCGAUAAAAAAGUCAGCUCCAACAUUCCCAUUAUGACAGUUUUCUUUGGCGAGAACGACGGCCGAUACAUACGACAAGUGACUUCGAUAAGCAUUCACAUCUUUGACUGGUGUCACCUUUGCCGCAUCAGCUUUGAGUUUAUGGACGAUAGCAUUCAGCGAUGUCUUGGGGAUAUCGAAUAUGAGACAAUGCAGUCCAGUCUUGCCCCGUUAAGAUUCCCAGACCACGACAAUUCUACGGGAUUUUUCGACAUUAACGGCGGAAAUGGCGAGGAGAUUGAGAGCUUCGAGGUUCAGUUUGACCAAAGUAUUAUCAUUGGACUCAGGUUCAAUACUAACACCAAUCGUACCGAGCUUGUGAGUAAUGGUGAUGAUCCCUUUGAUUUGCCGUGGACCAAGGUUACUCCGCGUGGUAAAAAGAUCAUUGGAAUGUUUUCUCAAGGCGCUGAGAAUGAAUGGGGUGCCAAGACGUUCAGUAAUUUGGGCUUCAUUUCUACUAACGAGGAACAAGAUUAG